AGACCUGAAGGAGCAAAUUGCACAAGAGACACUCACGUAAAAGUAGACCUGACCUACCAUAUCCAGCGCCGUGCUUUGCAACCACUCGCCCCCUCGGCACCAACUCGGUCAAAUGGGACAAAAGGGAUCGAGUCAAUGGGCGCUCCCUCUUUGUUGUUCUGCUUCUUGUAUAUAUCCCAUCCACCUCCUCUCUCUCUCUCUCUCUCUCCUCAUUCCACUCCUGUUCCAGCUCAAGCUCACCUCUCUCUCUCUCUCUCUCUCUCUCUCUAACCCCAUCUCCUCUCGAUCUUAUUCCCACUGCUGCCACUCGUCACAAGUACCUGGUGCGUCCGUCUGAUAUCAUGGGCAGAUCUCCCUGCUGUGAGAAGGCUCACACCAACAAAGGAGCUUGGACCAAGGAAGAGGACCAGAAGCUGAUCACCUAUAUCGCAGCUCAUGGUGAGGGCUGCUGGAGAUCCCUCCCCAAAGCUGCAGGGUUGCUGAGAUGUGGCAAGAGCUGCCGGCUCAGGUGGAUAAACUACCUUCGGCCUGAUCUCAAGCGCGGCAAUUUCACGGAGGAGGAAGAUGAGCUCAUCAUCAAACUCCAUGGCUUGCUGGGAAACAAGUGGUCUCUGAUAGCUGGGCGAUUGCCCGGGAGGACGGACAACGAGAUCAAGAACUACUGGAACACCCACAUCAAGCGGAAGCUCCUCGGCCGAGGCAUCGAUCCCCAGACGCACCGGCCGAUCACCGGCGCCGCGGCCACCUUCACCUCCCUACACCAACACCAAGACUUCCUCAUUCCCCUGCCACAAGAAACAGCAGCCGCUGCCGCAAAGUCUACGGCCGACUCCACCGACGACGGCCGCAUGAGCAGCGACGCCAGCCGCCACCACGAAGAUCAAGACCAAGACCUCGACCUCGACCUCGACCUCGACCUCGACCUCGACCUCGAUCUCUCCAUAAGCUUGCCUCACCACCACCCGAAACAGUCGCCUCCUAACGAGUCGCCACCAACAUCCACCGCAGCACCAACACCAUCCACCGGUAGUUGCACCGAAGCCAUAUGCCUGUGCUGCCAUCUGGGAUUCCAAAGCUGCGAAGCUUGCAGCAGCCGAACCAUUCCCGGUCCGUAUGUCUUCAGAUACAUCAGACCAUUGGAAGAAGGAAAACACACAUAGAUGAGUUAAGCUUGUAUCCCAAACUGUGAUCUUAUUUGCCCACAGGAACAAUGAAAUAUAUCCAUGGUCUUUGAGAAGCUAGCUAAUCCAGCGAUUGGUCCAUCAUCCCAUUCUACUCCUUCUCCAAGGAGAAAAGAAAUGCUGAUGACAUGUAGUCUCCUGUUCGUUCA